UCCACCAUUGUUAACGUAAAUCCCCAGUGCCAAAGACUCUUUGAUUCGUCGGAGAAGACCCAAUUCUCCGACCAAAUCACACACAAACACAGACAAAUAUUCUGAAUGCACUCGUUCGGGUACAGAGCGAACGCUCUGCUGACAUUUGGGGUCACCGUCCUGGCUCUAAUGUGCGCCAUGGCCUCUCUCUCGGACAACCUCAAUGUCCCCUCUCCCUCCGCCCAUGUCCAGGUGCUGAGCAUCAACUGGUUUCAGAGGCAACGUGAUGGAAACGACGAGGUCAGCUUGACAUUGAAUGUCUCGGCUGAUUUGCAGUCGAUGUUCACAUGGAACACGAAACAGGCCUUUGUCUUCCUAUCAGCUGAGUAUGAAACCCCAAAGAAUUCUCUGAAUCAGGUUUCCCUUUGGGAUGGUAUUAUACCAUCUAAAGAACAUGCCAAGUUUUGGAUUCAUACCACGAACAAGUACCGCUUUACUGAUCAGGGAAGCAGUCUACGGGGUAAAGAGUUGAACUUGACUUUGCACUGGCAUGUCAUGCCCAAAACUGGUAAGAUGUUUGAGGACAAAAUAGUUAUGACAGGAUACCGUCUGCCAGAAGAAUAUCGAUAAGGAUGUCUAUGUCGAAUUUUGAUGAACUAUAAUCUUGUUACAUGGGGGAUGAUUGAGGUUGGCUUAACUUGAAGAUGAAGAAAGGAGAAAUGCAAAAUCAGUGAAAUUUUUUAUGAGGGACUUUGUUUCCUUGUUCGGACAAUCAAGUAGUUCAUUCAACAUCGAAAGGCUGUUAUUUAAUGGUAUAUUAUCCGAGUGUAAUUGAUUUAUUUUCUAAAUAAGAAACUCUUGAUUUUUUGUGGA